GUGUCGAUUAGAAUCGCCGAAAAGCUUCGCAAAUCACCCUCCAUCUCCUCCGAGUUCAGUAUUUUCAGGGUUCCAGGGCAACUACGCAGUGUGAACGAGCAGGCGUACGAACCACAGAUGCUUGCAAUUGGGCCUUACUAUCAUGGCAAAGCUGACCUGCAACACAUGGAGAGGCACAAAAUACACUACCUGCGACUACUGCUUCACAGGACAAAGGAUGCAGAUGAUCAUCAUGACGAUGAAGUCAACAGAUACGUCUCAGCCAUGAAGGCACUGGAAGAAAGAGCUCGCAAAUGCUAUGCCGAACCCAUAUCUCGACUCUGA